UAUCGACACAGGGACGACACCUAUCGAACCGGCCAUAGCACUCACUGAGAGACAUCGACUGACCGGCUCAAAAGGCGAUAGGGAACUCUUGAUUCAUCGAUAUAGCAGCAAUAGAGAAAAGUGUGUCGCUAAAAUUGGACUUAGGAUAAUCGUAAAAAAAAGACAUUCACUUUAGUAUUGAGAUACACGACAACAACGCAUAUAUAAUUAUGGCUAUUCGCUGGUUAGGUUUGGAGUCGAACCCCGACGUUAUGACAAAGUACAUUCACUCUCUUGGAGCCUCGAAAGAGUGGUCUCUUGUAGACGUUUUCGGUUUGGAUAACGAGCUUCUAGCGUUUAUCCCUCAGCCAAUCGCAGCGCUGCUGUUGCUGUUCCCACUUAAUAGCGGUGCACCAGCCAGUGGUGGCGGAACAGAAGUUGAAGCUUCAGAGUCAAAGGUAUUCUUCAUGAAGCAAACAAUCCAAAACGCUUGUGGAACAAUAGGACUGCUCCAUGCGCUUGCCAACUCAAAGGUUCCGGUAGUUGAGGGGAGCCCGCUGGAUGUUUUUCUAAAAGCAGGCAAGGACAAAUCUCCUGAAGGGAAGGCCAAACUACUCGAAGAUAACUCGGAUAUCAAAGAGAUUCAUGAGAAUUUCGCACAUCAAGGUCAGACGGCGACACCGAAUAUAGAUGACAAACUCGACCUGCAUUUCGUUGCUAUCGUUCUCGCCGAUGGUUAUGUUUACGAACUUGACGGACGGAAGUCGGGUCCAAUUCAACAUGGUUUGUCGUCAGAGGCAACAUUUUUGAAAGACGCAGCUGACGUAUGUAAAAAGUACAUAACGUCAACGCCUGAUGUGCUCAACUUCUCUGUAGCAGCGUUGGUUAAGCAGUAAACAAUUCGUGAAUACCAAAUCCUGUAACUGUCUUCAACACAUGUCGAUCCAGAUAUGCCGAAGUCGUUAAAUAUGAGUUUUUUGAAAAGGUCUUUAUAUGAUAAGAGGCCCGCUUUUUAUCUAUGCCUGAAGCAGGUAUAUUAUAAUGUAUGGAUGUAAUGUAAACAGUCGGAUAUCUACCAAUGUCAAUUUAUUUAUCAUAAGUAUUUGUAUUCAUAAAUAAAUAUACAAACUUUAGGAAAGCCCGUGCUUUUAUUUAGGUUUCACUUGU